AUGAAGUUUUCCACAAUUUAUUCCUUAGCCCUCGGUUUUUUAACGGCUCAAACACUUGCUGCUCCUGCUAACGAAAAUGAAAAGCGUGAUGACGAUAAGGUUGUGAUUCACCUUACAUCUACUGUGCAAAACACCAAGACCAAUACGCACAUUGUUGAAGGUACCAUGUCUACUCAUACAAAUUGGAUUGUGAAUACUGCUACCGAAACCUACACCCACUACACGGCUACAGUCACUUCGACUGUGUUCGGUACGCCGUACACAUACACUACCGUUGCAAGCACGCCUAUCCAAAACAAGGAAGCUGCUCCAAGUACCGAUGACGCACAAGAUAGUGGUGCAACAGAAACUGCUGCUCCCGAAAACAACGAUGCUACUCAAGUUACUUCCACAGAAGCUGUUACCGACUCACCAGACUCAACUGCAGACGCAGAUGCACCACAAAUCACCCCUCAAAGUGCCACCUCGUCUGACUCGUGGAUAAUAGAAAAUGUUUCCACUGUGACUUCAAACAGUGUUUGUUUCGUCAACUACGACUACUAUUAUGCCGACGAAGAAGAUGAUACCGACACUGUCACCUCGACUUCAACUAUAUAUACUACGGUUACCCAAAGCUGA